ACAAUUCUUCACAAUUCUUCACAUUCAUUUCUUCAUUCCAUUCUCUCUUUCUCUCUCUCUCUCUCUCUCUCUUUUUUCUUUUUCUUUUCUUUUUCUUUUAUUCACUCUCAUAUAACUUCUUUUUAUUUUUAUUUUAAUUUGUUUUCCCAUAUACGAUAAUUACAAUUAGCCAUUCAAAAACAAAAAUCAGAGAAUAUGAGCGACACAUCAUCACAGAAUCAGGCACUCCUGUCAAGUCUUCAGGAGCACUACCUUAAAAAAUAUCUCCUUGGCGUACUUAUCAAUAACGAAAUCAAUCGUCUUCAAAAGAAACCAUAUGAAACAUUACCAGACCUUGGAGGUCCCUUUGAUCUCAAAGAUGAACAUUAUGCUACCUCUACAACCCCAUUCCUUCGUUACCUCUUUGAGUCCAUAGUCGUGCCAUUUCCUUUCCUUAGCAGCAGUAGUAGCAGUAAAGGUACUACUCUUUGGCCAAAAAUACAACGCUUUAUGGAAGAGUGGGCCAAGAUCGAAGCCGGUAAUGGAGUUGAACGUGAGGAGAUGAUUCGUCGGAAACGACUCAAGAACAAAGGUGAACGCACCUUAGUACUCAUGUACAGCAUGGCCAUCAAGACGAUCGAACAACGUGCCAAGGAGAAAAAGGACAUACUAGAACGCCAAGAGCGGAUGGAGACCGCCAAGCGAAAAAAGCAAGAGGAACAACAACAGCAGCAGCAAAACAUCUCAGAUUUUGCUUUCGAUUCCUGUAAUAGUAACCGGGACAAUAAACAUCAACGUGAUCUUCAGGAUGGAUCAUUGGACUCUUUACGAUCCCAAUCUCAGUCUCAAUCACGAUCUCCCUCCCCUUCUGCAUUUAGCACCAUGAUCCAUGGUGUUCGGAUCAACGUUAUUGGAGUGCGGCUUGUAAAAGAAAAGAGGCGUGUCCGUGAGCAUGAGCAUGUCGAAUUCAUUAUCUCAACCACGUUCGCAGAUGGAAAGGAGGCUGUCGUGGCUAGGCGCUACGGGCGCUUCAGGAGACUAUAUCGUACUUUGAGGCACGAUUUCCCACAUGAAGAGCUUCCAGUGCCGCCAGCAAAGUAUGAAGCCAAAUCAAGAGUAUCAAGAAUGGAAAUGACACGGGAAAAGGAUAGGAUUAGUCUUCGAGGCUAUCUUCGUAAUCUGGCCAAAGUAAGCCAAGAGAUUGCGGAUUCAAAGACCUUUGUCGAUUUUUUGACACAAGAUGCAAUUGAUUUGACAGAAGAAGAAGCCAAGGAUAUUCAGACUCGAGUAGCGUUGGACGAGCAUCGCAUGGCUCAACAAUCCAAAUUUGAUCGUGAAGUGGCAAAGAAAGUGGAUGAACUGGAUGCACAGCUGAAGGAGAUCAAGCUGGAUCUCUUGCAACCCGGUGGAGUUUCACGGCUGUUUAGUGCUUUCAAGCAUUUUGACAAUGUCAAUGACUUGCCACCCCUCUAUCAAACAGUCUUUGAAUGGGGCUGUAUGAAUUUUGCAUCCACAUUGUAUCACGUCUUUACAUCUUCAGACGACGCUACGCUCAAUUUUACUCAGCUCAAGCGCACACACAUGUUAUUGCCUUACAGAACCAUGUGGGGGAUCUUAAAGGUUUCAAACCCUAUGGCGAUGAUGAAGGGAAUCAUGGAUUUGUUCUUGGCUCAACCGUUUGGUACUCGCAGUCUAAUGCAGCGCAUCAUCUCGGGUAAUAUUCAAGAAGAAGUUUCAGAGUAUAAGAAAGAAAUUGAUGACCUUGAGACAGCUAUUGGGGACCCAGCUCUUUGUGAGAAGAUCCGAAGCUAUGUGUAUGCGCCACGAUCGGUCAUCAGUCAAAUAUUUCCAGACGAUGAGCCAUACGACAUCACGGAGUUAAGUUUGGUCAUGGACGUGCUUCGGUCAGACCAGAUCCAGCCUGUACUCGAGCCCAUGCAGAUCAAACGUGUCUGGGAUGCGCAGCAAAAGCUAGAGCAUGACCGACUUGAAAAAGAGCGUUUGAAACGAGAGCGGCAUCAGAGUAAAUUUGAAAAUGAUCGGACAAGCGACUAUGCCAGCGAAAGUGACUCUCACAGUAGUGGCUCUUCAAGGAGUAGCAUGGAGGAAAUGAUGCAAAACAGCAGUAGAAACGUAGGCUCAAACGCCAAUCAAGGAAAAGGGGUUGAGGAACCUGAACAGAAUCUUGUCCAGCAGCUGCAACAACUUUUAGUGGCGCACCUUCGUAUUCGUGACAAAGAGCGGCUCAUGAGUUUGGUUUUCCAAGGAGUGACGGGUGAAAUAUUGAAGGAGGCCAUUGCAAUCUUUUACGAACCUUUAGUCAAGGUCUACAAGGCAGCUAAUGUGGCCGAUAGUUUGAUGGAUGUCAAGAAUUUUGCAGAUGAGCUUAUCAAGACUGUUGAACAGGCUGAGCUCAAUGAUAAUAAUAACCAGAAAAGUGGAAGCGCCGCAGGGCCGACCGCAGCGACACUCUACCUAAACCUCGUCCGUAAGCACCUGCCAACCUUUUAUAAAUUUGUCCAUGCGGUUCACAAGCAAGACGACGGGAUUUUCCAUGAUUUGCUUGGGUGGAUCGAAAGUGUCAUCACAUUCAUGCGGACUGGAUAUGGACAUGUUCGUAUUGACUACAAGACCGGAGAGGAGCUCCACGUUGGUAUUAAUUUGGAUGCAUUUGUGAAGGAGAACGUGAGUGCAGCCCAAUGGGAUCAAGUUCAAAAGGAGGCGCAGGAGUUGACAGCGUAUUUCACUGAGGUCAAGGAUCGAAAACGUGAACAAGUUCGUCGUAUGGCAGGGCUUGACCGCGCUAGUCAAAGUCAAAGAGGUGGUGGCUACACAAGUAGUAGCGGCAAUAGUUCUGCUACAGCAACCCCGCGUCUAUCCAUGGAUGAGGGAUACAACGAUGCAGCAGAAAGAGAGCGAGAACGGAUUACGAAGGAAUUGACGGGUAUGGGAAUGCAACAGGAGGACGUUGAUGAGUUCCAGAUGAUCAAUUGGGAUAAUCACUAUCAUCACCCUCAUCAUGGCCAGGAUGAUAAUAUUGAAGAUGAUGAUGUUGAAGGAGAGAUGGGUUUAAAGAUUCCUAAAGUACCAACCAUUGAUACCUUACUCACACCCUUUGUACAAUUGAUGGACAAGGUUCUCUUCCAGACAGCACGCGAAUAAAAU